UGAAGCUCUCCACAGUAGUUUGCAUCGGGCUUGGGCAGAUGCUGUGAACAGCAAGUCCUCACCGAGCUCCUGGCAAGGGCGGUGGAGGUGUGGGGCAACAGGUGGACCGUGUCGUGGAUGGUGUCCAUAUCAACACUAGACCGGUAAUGGGCAAUGAUAAUACGAAAUGAAGAUGGGUCCAUUUCCUUGCGUGUUUGGCUUGUUACUUUUCCUGCAGUCGGUAUCUUUGGGUCAGACGUACAAUCAGCUACCAUAUUUCUUGAACUACUACUUUGAUCAAUAUAUUUUAAUCUAUGAAAAUGUCUCUGUUGGAACCUCCAUAACCAAAUUAUGGGCCAGAGAUCCAGACAAUGACACGCUUGUGUUCGGUGUUGCCGGAGAGGAAGCCAGCAAGUACUUUGCAGUAGAAAGCGAGAGUGGUGUCGUGUGGCUUCGUCAGCCUUUGGAUAGAGAGGUGGUAUCAGAACUUCAAGUGGAGUUCUCUGUUAGUGACAAGCAAAGUGUUAUUAAGGGCAUUGUCAAUAUUCAAGUAGGUGAUGUCAAUGAUAACCCACCGGUAUUCCACAACCAACCCUACAGUGUGAGAAUCCCUGAGAACACACCAGCAGGGACGCCAAUUUUCAUAGUGAAUGCCACGGACCGCGAUCAGGGAACUGGGGGUAGUGUGCUGUAUUCAUUCCAGCCUCCAUCGCGCUUUUUCGCCAUUGAUGGAGCCAGAGGAGUGGUGACUGUUCAAAGACCACUGGAUUAUGAGACUACUCAAGCCUAUCAGCUGCAAGUCAAUGCAACGGACCAGGACAAAGACCACCCCUUGUCUACAUUGGCCAACCUCGCUAUCACCAUAACAGACAUCCAGGACAUGGACCCAAUUUUCAUCAACCUUCCUUACAGUACAAACAUACAUGAAAACUCCCCUCCUGGGCAGACCGUACGAGUAAUUACAGCAUUGGAUCAGGACAGGGGAAGACCUCGUAGGAUUGGUUACACCAUCGUUUCGGGUAACACCAACAGCAUCUUUGCUUUAGAUUACAUCAGUGGAGCCUUAACUCUUAAUGGCCCUCUGGAUCGAGAAAACCCCCUCUACAGCUCGGGGUUCACAUUGACCGUGAGGGGUACUGAGCUAAAUGAUAACGGAACACCAUCAAAUGCAACCGUCUCCACCACGUUUAAUAUCUUGGUCAUUGACGUCAAUGAUAAUCCACCAGAAUUCAACCGUUCUGAAUACCAUGUCCGCAUUACAGAACUGGCCCAGGUGGGCUUUGCUCUUCCACUCUUCAUCCAGGUGCAAGACAAAGAUGAUGUUCCCAACAACAUGUUUGAUGUCCAGCUCAUCGGGAACAAUUCGGACCACUUCACCAUUUCCCCGACCUCCGGCCAGGGGAAGGUCGAUAUCCGCAUGCGAGUGGCUGUGCCCCUGGAUUACGAGCGCAUUGCUCACUAUGAGUUCUCUCUCUUUGCAAAUGAGACUUUCUCGGAUCAUGUUGGUUUUGCUCGAGUGAAGAUUGACCUCAUCAAUGAAAAUGACAACAGGCCAGUAUUCAGCCAGCCUCUCUACAAUGUGAGCUUGUACGAGAACGCCACUGUUGGAAUCACUGUCGUUGGUGUUACUGCAACAGAUAAUGACGUUGGAAGCUAUGGAAACAUCCAUUAUUUCUUCAGUGAUGAUUCUGACAGGUUUGCAAUUGACAAGGAUACGGGCAAAAUAACGCUGAUUGGGAGCCUGGACUUUGAGACGACGCGGCGGUAUACUUUAACUCUCAUAGCCAAAGAUGGGGGCGGGGAGGAGACCACUGGCCGCGUGCGCAUUAACGUGCUGGAUGUCAACGACAACAUCCCCACCUUCCAGAAGGAGGCGUAUCUGGGAACAGUCCGAGAGAAUGAGGCAACUCCAGUGCCAAUAGUCCGAGUCCGAGUGAUUGAUGACGAUUCUCCACCAAACAACCAGAUCACUUACAGCAUUUUCAAUGCCUCCAUUCUGAGCAACUCCUUUGAUAUCGGGAUAUCAGAGGGCUAUGGAGUUGUUAUUGUCACAAGACCCAUUGACUUUGAGCAGGUACCAGGAGGAUUUGUCUACCUGACCAUUAUGGCUAAAGAUGCUGGAACUCCUCCUCUCCAUAGUACAGUGCCUGUGAUUGUUGAAGUUUUUGAUGAAAAUGACAAUUCUCCAACUUUCAGCCGGUCUUCCUAUGUAAUGGCAGUCCCUGAAAACAUCAUCGCAGGAGCCACAGUAUUAUUUGUUACAGCAUCUGAUCUGGACCAGUCUCGGGAGUAUGGGCAGGAGUCAAUAAUCUACUCUCUGGAGGGGUCCUCACUGUUUCGGAUCAACACUCGAUCAGGAGAAAUAACAACGACUUCACUGCUGGACAGAGAGACCAAAUUUGAGUACAUCCUGAUCGUCAGAGCAGUGGAUGGCGGAGUAGGGAACAACCAGAAGACAGGAAUAGCCACAGUGAACAUAACUCUGCUUGACAUUAAUGACAAUCACCCAGUUUGGAAGGAUGAGCCAUACUUGGUAAAUGUGGUUGAAAUGUCACCAGCUGAUACAGAUGUCAUCACUGUGUCAGCCUUUGACCCAGACCUGGCUGAGAAUGGCUCUGUUGUGUAUACUAUCAACCCACCCAACCCAUUCUAUCGAAUAAACAGAACCACAGGGAAGAUACGGACCUCAGGAGCAGUGUUGGACAGAGAGAAUAUGGAUGUCAGCGAUGCUGAAAUGAUGAGAAAAAUCAUUGUCUCCGUCACAGACCAGGGAAGGCCAGCUCUCCAAGCCAGCAGCAGCACAGUUGUUUCAGUCAACCUGUUAGAUCUCAACGAUAAUGACCCAGCUUUUCAAAAUUUGCCAUUCACUGCUGAGGUGCCAGAAGGCUUGCCUGUGGCCUCAUCCAUUUUCCAGAUAUCCGUGCUGGAUCCAGAUGAAGGUUUGAAUGGAUUGGUUACCUACUCCAUGCAAGUUGGCAUGCCCAGGUUGGACUUUGUGUUAAACUCUAGCACUGGUUUGAUCACCUCCACCACGGUACUGGACCGGGAGAGGAUAGCAGAGUACUAUCUGAAGUUAAUAGCCAGUGAUGCGGGAGCAGUACCAAGGGGUUCCACCAGCACCCUAACUGUACGAGUGAUGGAUGUCAAUGAUGAGACGCCGACGUUCCACCCAGCUGUUUACCACAUCUCGCUACUGGAGGACGUGGCCAGAGAUUACACGGUUGUUCACCUCAACUGUACCGAUGCAGAUGCUGGUCUUAAUGCCGAGCUCAGUUACUUCAUCACAGGUGGAAACAAUGAUGGAAAAUUCAGCGUUGGCUUUAGAGAUGGAAUUGUCAGGACUGUGGUGAAUCUGGAUAGAGAGACCCAAGUUUCUUACACACUUAUUCUAGAAGCUAUUGAUAACGGGCCCGCUGGUGGCAGAAAGACCGGGACAGCGACGGUGUAUAUCACGGUGAUGGAUGUCAACGACAAUCGACCCAUCUUCUUGCAGAAUACCUAUGAGGCCAGUGUCCCCGAGAACAUCACCGUGUCCACUAGCGUGCUGCAGGUAGAAGCCACUGAUGCAGAUGAAGGAGAUAACGGGAAGAUCUGGUACAGAAUCCUCUCAGGGAAUUCCAAUGAUAACUUCCGGAUGGACCAAGCCACUGGACUCAUCUCCAGAGGAAACCGCCCGCUGGACAGAGAGAGCAGUACUACCCACGUGUUGGAGGUGGAAGCUUACAAUAAUGACUUUGGGAGGAUGAGGAGCUCAGUCAGAGUCAUCGUGUAUGUCGAGGAUGUGAACGAUGAGGUGCCUGUUUUCACCCAGCAGCAGUACAACCGACUGGGCCUGAGAGAGACAGCGGGGAUUGGCACAUCAGUAAUCGUGGUCCGAGCAACCGACAGGGAUACGGGUGCCGGGGGUAUAGUAGCCUACACAAUUUUGACUGGGUCAGAAGGGAAGUUUUCCAUUGAUGAGAGUACAGGCCUUAUUACAACAGUAGAUUACUUGGACUAUGAAACCAGCACAAGCUAUCUGAUGAAUGUCUCUGCUAUGGACCAAACUCCACCCUACAACAAGGGAUAUUGCACUGUCUACGUCACCCUGUUAAAUGAAUUGGAUGAACCUGUGCAGUUUACAAAUGCAACGUACGAAGCUACAAUUACAGAGAACAUCGCGACUGGCACUGAGGUGGUUCAGAUUCAGGCCCGUUCCGCUGACAACAUGAACCUGAUCACUUACAGAUUUGACCCCGACACAUCUGCUCAGACCUUGUCCCUGUUCCAAAUAAACAGAGUCACCGGAGUAAUAACAGUCAGAGGGCAUGUGGAUCGGGAGAAAGGUGAUUAUUAUCUUAUUACUGUCAUAGCGGAUGAUGGUGGACCCAGAAAAGACUCCACUGUGGUAAUCAUCACUGUGGAAGAUAAGAAUGAUAACAGCCCCAUGUUUGAUGCAAGUUCCGAUUCCUCAGUGGAGAUACAGGAGGAUGCUCCCAUUGGCAAGCGAGUAGCUGUUGUCUCUGCACGGGAUCCGGAUGCUAAGCAGAAUGGACUGGUUAAUUUUACUAUUCUGUCUGGAAAUACUAACGGAGCAUUUCGGAUUAGCACCUCGAAUAGAAGUCGUGGAGAGAUCUACCUUGCUAAACACCUGGACAGAGAACAAACUGCCAGAUAUGUAUUAACGGUUCAGGCCUUUGACAAUGGUCUGCCACCACGCAAGACAAAUCACGUGAUCACUAUCACAGCUGUGGAUGUCAAUGACAAUGCCCCAGUUAUCUUGAACCCUGGCAGCUACAACAUCAGCAUUUAUGAGAACGUUGGAGGAGGAACUCCAGUCACCAGAGUUCGGGCGACGGACAUGGACUCCGGUGCCAAUGCUGUGCUCUAUUAUUACAUCACCAUGGGCAAUGAAGAUCUCACUUUCCGUAUUGAUCGGCUAACUGGAGAGAUUGUUACACGCCCUUCUCCUCCAGAUCGGGAGAGGCAGAGUUUUUAUCAGCUGACAGUUACAGUGGAAGAUGACGGUACCCCUUCACUCUCAGUGACAACUACAGUACUUGUACAUAUUUUGGAUGAGAAUGACAAUCACCCAGUGUUCCACCAACAACAGUACGACAUCACCUUGGACGAAGGGCCAUCAAGCUUGAAUUCUUUCACUGUAAUUGUGAAUGCAACAGAUCAGGAUGAAGGGCCCAAUGGAACCAUUACGUACGCAAUUGUGGAAGGGAAUAUCGAUAACACAUUCACUGUCCACAGUAUCACAGGUCAAAUCAGGGCAGUGAAAGAACUGGACUAUGAGGUGUCCCAUGGCCGAUACACACUCAUCGUUACAGCCACUGACCAGUGUCCGAACCUUGUAUACCGUCUGACCUCCACCACCACAGUGAUUGUCAGUGUGAAUGACAUCAAUGACAUGACCCCAAGGUUCCUUCAUCCCUAUGAAGGUCCAUAUGACAUCACUGAAGGUCAACCAGGUCCGAGAGUGUGGACAUUCCUUGCGGAAGAUGAAGACUCUGGCCCAAAUGGGCAAGUAGAAUACAGCAUCAUAGCAGGCGAUCCACUCAAUGAGUUCAUUAUUUCUCCAGUGGAAGGGGAACUCCGUGUGAGGAGAGAUGCCGAGUUAGAUCGCGAGAGUGUGGCAUUUUAUAACAUAACCAUUAUGGGCAAGGACAGAGGAACGCCACCGCUAAGCAGUACGGUACUGGUUGGAGUUCGUGUGCUGGAUAUAAAUGAUAAUGAUCCCAUGCUCCAGAACAUCCCACUGAACUGCACCAUCAGUGAAAGUACUGACACGUCCACCAGUGUUGCCAGGGUUCAGGCAACGGACAUCGACAGCGGUUCCAAUGCCCUCCUUACCUUCCACAUCACUGCUGGAAAUAUUAAUAAUGCCUUUUUUAUCAAUGAAACAACUGGUGUAAUUUAUGUCAACCGACCCCUGGAUAGAGAGCAGACUUCUGAAUAUCGUCUCACGAUCAUGGUGAAAGACAGUCCAGAAAACCCAAGACGUGCUCGAAGGGAUUCAGAUUUGCUGACAAUCACUAUCUCUGAUGAAAAUGAUAACAGGCCCAUGUUUACUCAAAGCUCUUAUCAAGCUGAAAUUUCUGAGAAUCCAGCAGCAGGUACACAAAUCACGCUGAUAAAUGGGCCUAUUUCAGCCUUUGACCGUGACGAGGGGCCAAAUGCUGUGGUUAGUUACCAAUUACUGGGGAACAGGACUGACUUCUUCAUUGUUGACAGAAACACAGGAAUUGUUUCUGUGACACCAGGAAAGACCAUUGACAGGGAGACUUUGCCCAGUGAACACCUGGAGUUCACAUUGGUAGCAGAAGAUGUUGGCCUACUGAGGAGUACGGCUGGGCUCACAGUGACCGUCCUGGACCAGAAUGACAAUGCACCAGUUUUCACCCCCAACUCUCUGACAGUACACGUUCGGGAAAACAGUCCCUCAGGUUUUAGCAUCGUUCAAGUAACAGCCACAGAUGCCGAUACUGGCGUGAAUCAACAACUGACCUACCGAAUAGAGGGAGGUGCCCAGGAUAAGUUUCUCAUUGACUCUGCCAGUGGAAUUAUCAAGGUGGCAAAUGGAGUGACUGUGGAUCGUGAGGAGAAGGGCUCUUACACCCUUGUUGUGGUUGUGACAGACCACGGGACUCCAUCUUUGUCGGCAAGUGCUACUGUCAACAUCAUCAUAGAUGAUGUGAACGACUGCCGUCCUGAGUUUGUUAACCCGAUCCAGACCAUCAGCAUCAGUGAAUCCGUCACGGUCGGUGCCAUCAUAGCAAACAUGACCGCUAUUGAUCGUGACCUGCGACCUCGGCUGGAGUAUUACAUCAUCGGGUUUGUUGCAAAGGACGACACUGAUAACGUGGUAGAGGAAAGGCAGAGAGCAUUUGACAUCAAUUUUCAAACAGGUGCCAUAUUUGUAAGAAGGCCUUUGAAUCGGGAGCUGGUGGCGACCUAUGAGCUCACUAUAUCAGUACACGACAAUGCCAGUGAGGUGAUCAGUCAUUCUGUCAGUGUUCCCAAUGCGAAGCUGACGGUGAAUGUUUUGGAUGUCAAUGAUAACCCUCCGCGAUUCAGACCGUUUGGGGUCAGUAUUUUCACUGAGAGGAUUCUGGAGGGAGCAACACCUGGAACAACGCUUCUCUCUGUUUCGGCCGUGGAUCCUGAUAAAGGCCCCAAUGGACAGAUCCGAUAUGAGCUCCUGAAUCUCCCUCCUGGGGAUUACAUCAGGCUGGAAGACCCUGCAGCGGGAAAAAUAAUUGCCAGCCAAACAGUAGAUUAUGAAGAGGUUGAGUGGCUGAAUUUCACCGUGCGCGCGAUAGAUCACGGAUCACCAGCUCGAUCUGUCGAGGUUCCUGUUUACCUACAGAUCCAGGACGUCAAUGAUAACAACCCUGUCUUUGUGCAGGCUUCCUAUCAGAAGCCAGUAUUUGAGGACGUCUCCUUGGGCACCGUCAUCCUCCAGGUUCGUGCUGUGGAUGCAGAUAACGGCAGGUUCUCAAAGAUUGAAUACAGCCUGGUAGAUGGUGAGGGCAGGUUUGGAAUCAACCCUGAGACGGGUGAUAUUUACAUUCUGGCUGCGCUUGAUCGGGAGAAAAAGGACCACUAUACAUUGACGGCCGUUGCCAAGGACAACCCAGGUGACAAUCCAAGUAAUCGCAGAGAGAAUGCUGUGCAGGUGCUGGUAACUGUCCUGGAUGUCAAUGACUAUCGCCCCAAGUUCUCAAAGAAUGUGUUUAGCACCAGUGUGUAUGAGAAUGAGCCAGGAGGGGCCUCUGUGGUUGCUGUGACUGCUUCGGAUCUGGACGAGGGAGAAAAUGCGGAGUUACAAUACAGUAUUCAGGGACCAGGAGCAGGUAGCUUCAACGAGGCCUUUAGGAUUGAUGAGAACACAGCAGUGAUCACCACCACACGGCGUCUGGAAUCCUACGAGAGGUUUAAUUUGACCAUUGUUGCCACGGAUAAAGGCAGACCACCACUCUGGGGGACAACUCAGCUCAAGGUCGAAGUGAUUGAUGUUAACGACAAUCGACCUGUGUUUGUCAGGCCCCCCAAUGGGACAAUUCUACACAUCAUGGAGGAGAGGGACCCCGGGUUCAAUGUGUAUGAGGUGCUGGCCACCGACAACGACGAGGGUGUGAAUGGAGCCGUCCGGUAUGGCUUCCUUAAGACAGCAGUCAACAAAGACUGGGAAUACUUCAGCAUCGACCCCAUCAGUGGGAUCAUCAAUACCACAACCAGGUUGGACAGAGAGAAGCAGGCUGUCUAUAAUCUCAUUCUCUUGGCCUAUGACCUAGGGCAACCUGUUCCCUACGAGACCACACAGCUUCUGCAAGUGGCCCUGGAUGAUAUUGACGACAAUGAGCCCCUCUUCCUCAAGCCGCCUAGAAGUUUACAGUACCAGCUCCUUUUUGUGGCUGAACACUCUGAUCCUGCGACAGUUGUCGGGAAUGUGACUGGAGCCAUCGAUGCAGAUGAGGGCGCUAAUGCUGUGGUCUAUUACUUCAUAGCAGCUGGAGAUCCAGAAAACAACUUUCAUUUGAACAGGAAUGGACUGCUUAAGGUGCUGAACGACCUGGACCGGGAAACAAACCCAUUCUACACCAUCAUCGUCAAGGCCUCCAGCAACCGGAACUGGAAGCCUUCAAGACAGAGGAGUCAGGUUUUUGACCCCAGCACUGACCUCACCCUCCAGGAGGUCCGAAUCUUCCUGGGUGACAUUAAUGACCAGCCGCCUAUAUUCACAAAGUCAGAGUACACAGCUGGUGUUGCAACCGAUGCUAAAGUUGGCUCUGAACUGAUCAGAGUGGAGGCAUAUGACGCUGAUAUUGGAAACAAUAGCCUGGUCUUCUAUCAGAUUAUUAAUAUCCGCUACAUAAACCUGCAGCUCAAUGAUUCUGAAGAUGUUGGGAAUGUCUUCAUCAUAGGGGAACAUGAUGGCAUUGUGAGGACCUUCGACCUCUUCACAGCCUACAGCCCCGGGUAUUUCCUGGUGGACAUCAUGGCGUCAGACCUGGCUGGACACAACGAUACGUCAGUGAUCGGGAUUUACAUUCUGAGGGACGACCAGCGGGUCAAGAUCGUCAUCAAUGAGAUUCCCGAGAGGGUGCGGGAGUUUGGCGAGCAAUUCAUUAAAUUACUUUCUAACAUCACUGGAGCCAUAGUCAACACGGACGAUGUGCAGUUUCACGUUGACCUGAAGGGCCGGGUGAAUUUUGCCCAGACAGAUGUUCUGAUCCAUGUGGUGCACAGGGAAACAAACCGGAUCUUGGACGUGGAGAGGGUGAUACAAAUGAUUGAUGAAAAUAAAGAACAAUUAAGGAAUCUGUUCCGUAAUUACAAUGUCCUCGAUGUCCAGCCAGCUGUGACUGUCAGGGUGGCUAAUGAUAUGACAUCUUUGCAGAUGGCGAUAAUUAUUCUUGCAGUGUUGCUGUUCUUGGCUACUAUGCUGUUCAUCUUCAUGAACUGGUAUUACAGAACUGUGCACAAAAGGAAGUUGAAAGCCAUUGUAGCAGGUUCCACUGGUAAUCAAGGGUUUAUGGACAUACUGGACAUGCCAAACACCAACAAGUAUUCAUUUGAAGGAGCAAACCCAGUCUGGCUUGAUCCCUUCUGUAGGAACCUGGAACUAGCAGCUCAGGCUGAGCAUGAAGAUGACCUGCCAGAGAAUCUCAGUGAUAUCACGGACCUCUGGAACAGCCCAGCCAGGACACAUGGCACAUUCGGGCGUGAGCCACCCGCAAUGAAACCAGAGGAUGAUCGAUACCUACGUGCAGCCAUACAGGAGUACGACAGUAUUACAAAACUCGGGCAGAUCAUGCGAGAAGGCCCCAUUAAGCUUAUUCCCAGCGACAUGGAGGACGAUGAUGAAAAGCUCCCCAGCCGUGGGACACUGCGGUUCAAGCAUCGCCAUCCCGUGGAGCUAAGGGGACCUGAUGGAAUCCACAUGGUACAUGGCAGCACGGGCACCUUGCUGGCUUCUGACCUCAACAGUUUGCCAGAGGAUGACCAGAAGGUCUUAGUCAGGUCCCUGGAAACCCUGAACACAGAGAGUGGGAGCUACACAGACAGGAACGCCAGGACUGAGUCUGCAAAGUCUACCCCAAUGCACAAGAUGAAAGAAAGGGUGAGGGACAUCCCACUGGAAAUCACAGAACUUUGACAGCUGGGCCAGCCUGUGAUCCUUACUACUCUUUUAAUUCAAGUGAUUGUCUGGGCUGAAGCCUAGCGGCAGUAUUUAUUGGCUGAAGUAUUGCUGCUGGUGGGCGGGGGGGGGGGAGAGCUGUUUAAAGAGGGUCCUUACUACAGUCUCCACUGCCACUACCAGGGAUUGUACCCCGGUGCAAACUAAAGCCAGAAGAUGUGUGGAAUCAUUAAGAUGAUUAAAUCUGGUGGAACUCACCAUGUGUAAACCGAUACCAUCAGCUUGAACUCAAAGUGAUGUACAGUAUGUGCGUGUGUACCUGCGUGUGUGAAAACAUGUUCUCCCACCCCCAUUUCUAGUUUUUGAUUUCAGUGGCUCAACUUGGUGAAUAAAGAUACAAGGAGCAAAAUCCAAGUUUGGUAGAGAAAUAAUUUAAUUUCUCAGAAAGUAGUGAGGUGGAGUUUAAGUGUUCUGGGGAAUGUUGGGGGGGAAGGGGUGGGGGGAAGGAUGUCCAUUAGAACUCUGGCUCGCCACUGUAAAUCUGGCAGGAUCAAGGAUGUCUAAACAAGUUGUUCUGAUAUUCAUCAUAUGAAAAAAUUUAAAAUAAAAGUAACUAAGAAACUAUUUUGUUGUAAAAGGCCAAUACCUUAUCUGGCCCCACCUCAAGGUGAUUCCAGUUGUGUACCAAUGUGUUUUUAUUCUUGUAUUCAAAAUGGCUAGACUUCUACCUAAUUCCAACUUUCUCAGAGCAACUCACUUUGCCAGUA